AUGUCGGAUGCGAACGCGGAAUCUCCGGACGGGAAGCGCCCGCUCACUAGCACGCCUUCAGCCUUUUCUGACCUUGCGCUCUCCUCGCACGACGUUCUCGCACACAGCGCCCGCGUCGCGUGUAAGGGCGGCUGCGGGAAGAAGCGCCGCUACUUUUGCAGCGAGUGCGUCAUCCCGCUGGUGGAGCCCCCCACUGCCUUCCCGGCUCUCCAGCUCCCCUUGUUCGUAGACAUCCUGCAGGCAGGGGGGGAGACGCCCCAGCGCAGCACGGCGCAGCACGUCCCCCUACUGGCGCCCGGCUACGCAAAGGUGUGGAGGCCGUUUCCUUCUUGCGCAGACGCGUUUCGGACCGAGGUUUUGGAGAAGAGCGCGGAUGGGAGCGUUGCUGUUUUAUUUCCCUCCGAUGACGCAUUGUCGCCGGAGGAGGCGCUAAGGUCGCUCCCCAACUUGAAGCGAAUCAUCGUGAUGGACUCAAGCUGGACAAAGUCAGUUUUGCUCAUGCGGGACCCUUGUCUCCGCGGACUCCCACACGUCAGUCUUCCCGCCGGGCGAGGCACCCGGUUCUGGCGCUACGCGCCGAAGCGGAGCGAGCAUUCCGAGUAUUUUAACCCCGACAAAGUUGGAUCACUGCUGUCUACUGUCGAGUCGGUGCAUCGUUUCUGCGACAGUUAUAACCAGGCCAAGGGAAUUGGGCCAGGGGCGUGUGAUGACCUACUGUGGCUGUUUGCCUUCUUGCAUGGCAGGGUGAGGGAGGUUUAUGAAAAUGCCCCAGGAAAGCGCCAGCGCAUUAUGCGCAAAUCAAAGGGGCUUUUGGAACAGUUCAUUCCACAGCUCUUUACGUGCCGCAGCGUUCAAAAAUCGCUAACACACCUAGCGUUCUCCAGCUUUGAACAAGCAAUGGCUUUUGUCCCUACCCCAUUUCUUCUCGGCAAAAGCAAGGGAGCUCCACCCCGAUGUGCGAACUUAACUCGCAUGUCAGCCGCUCCAGAUGGAGAAGUGCGCUUGAGUCGACGGGCAGUCGUUUCCGGGGCAACAGCAGCGGCUCUCUUGCAAAUGACACCAACAUUCCUCCCAAAACCUGCCGGCGCUACUGUCGACAUUGAUAUUGAAAGGUUUGGCGACAAGGGUAUGCUUCAAAUUGGUUUGCGCGCUUGA